GCAGACUAAUAGUACCCGCUUUUAAGUCCAUGGUAUUAAAGGCAACCACCACUUACAUUCCCUAGCUAGAACACAGCAUUUAGUCAUGGCCACAAGUUGUUCCUACAUGGUUUCAACCAAAUUAUCCAUGAUAGGUUGGACUGGAAGAAGAAGAGAAGUGAAAAACAGGAGAGCAUUUUUCAUUUCAGCUCAACAAGAAACUGAUGUUCAAGAAGCAGAGAGCGUGAAAGUACAAGAGGAGCAAGGACAAGUAGAAAGUCAGAAUAUGAAGCCAAAAGGAACAAAACCAAGGCCAGUGGAACCUCAGCUGAAUGUCAAAAGCAAAAACAUGAGCAGGGAAUACGGAGGACAGUGGCUUAGCUGCACAACCCGCCAUGUCAGGAUCUUUGCAGCCUAUAUCGACCCUGAAACUUUUGCGUUUGAUCAAACCCAGAUGGAUAAGCUCACCCUUAUUCUUGACCCCACUGAUGAGUUUGUGUGGAAUCCUGAGACCUGCAACAUGGUUUAUUCUUACUUCCAGGAGCUUGUGGAUCACUACGAGGGUGCUCCAUUGACAGAAUACACACUUCGCCUGAUUGGUUCGGACUUAGAGCACUACAUAAGAAAGAUGUUAUAUGAUGGCAAAAUCAAGUAUAACAUGAAUGCCCAGGUGCUGAAUUUCAGCAUGGGCAAGCCACGGAUCAUGAUCAACAGUGAUGUCCAACCUGAAGAUGCACUUGAGAAAUGAUUCAUGAAAUACUCCAAGAAAAGUGAGCAAAUCAUGGGUGUUUGCAUAUGAUUAGUACAAUGACUAGUUCUUUGUAAAUUAUAAAAAUCUCUUGUCCAAGUCCAACAUUAGAUGAUUUUUGGGGUUGAGUAAAACCAAUGCAAAAUAUCAUUACAGCAUAAAGUAUUCUCUUACAGUCUCUAUAUAUAAUUAUAUAUAGCUUGAUCUGUUA